GAAACUUUACGGCUAACCCCAAAAAAAAAAAAACACAAACACACUUUUUGUUUUCUUCUAGAUUUACCGAGAGAAAAAAGAGGAAGAGACAACCCACGAUCCUCCAUAGCUGUACAGAGAAAAGAAACCCUAAUCAAUCAUGCCUUCAGGUGCUAAGAAAAGGAAAGCCGCCAAGAAAAAGCAGGAACAAGCCUCUUCUACUCAAAUCAAUCUCAAAUCCAACAACCAUGCCCAAACAGGAUCUACUGAGAAAGAAACUGUCAAGGAUACUGAUGAGCGUAUAGAGAUCACUGAUUCAAGCCAUGACCAUGACAAGAGCUCUAGCAACAACAGUAGUAGCAGCAGCUCGGAUGAUGAGUCUCAGGAAGUCAAGAGUAAAGAUGGUGAUAAGGAGGAGACUGAAGUAGUUGUUACUGUGGUUCCAAGUCAACCUGUUCCAGUUGCUGGAGGUGCUCCCUUCAUUGGUUCUACUGCUAAUGUGAUUGUUGAGAAUACCGGUUUGAUGGAUUCAACUACUGAUCCAAACACUGAGAACAUUAUUGAGAUCUCCUCUGUUGAUGCAAUAGUCUCAAACGAGCCUGCCGCUGAAGUUUCUCUUGCAUCUGAUGAGAUUAAGCAGGCCUCUCCAGGUACAACUGGCUCUGAUAAAAAAGAAUCCAAAUGUGUUCCUGAAGGCAGCAAAGAGUCUGAAGUUGUCAUUUCUCAUGAGGAAGAGGCUCAUGUGAUACCAACACAUGGAGUUGCACAAAGAACCUCAUGGUUAAGUUGUUGUGGCUUGUUUGAUGUGAUGUCAGGAUCCAGUAGAUAAGCUCAGAAACUUGAGUCGCCUAUAAACUCAGGAAGCUGCAGUAUGUUAAAUGUAGGAACUUGAUGAAUGUCUCUCUUUCACUUAAGAACAUAAAACAUACCUUUUUUUUUUCUAAUAUGAAAUAGAACUCAGCUUCUAGUAGUCUUCAUAGCAGGCAUGUCUGCAUUUUCUUUAUGCAAGUCCUUACAGAUUCUCUUCCCUUCCGCUCUGUACUAUUACUUGUCUGUUGUUUUUUGUUCUCUCAGUUCCUGAGAAUGUUGUUGGCCAAUUUAUGUAAUGAUUAAAUCACUACCAUGAGCUCAAAAUAUAUUUUAUCUUAGCAUUAGCACUUCUUAUAGAAGCUGCAAUGUUUGGUUCUAUAAUGCAA